UGUAAGAACUAAAGUUAGAGGGGCUUCAAUCUGAUGUAUAGCAUUUAUUGUCAAUGAAAUUGAUUUGGAUGGAAAAUGCCUAUUUAUUUCUAAAAGAAUAUAUUAAAAAAAAUAAUAAUCUUAGGGUGUGUUUGUUUGGGGGUUUGGAUUUUGAGUUGAGAUUUGAAUAGUAAAAAUUUUGAAUUUGAAUAGUUGUAUGAUGUGAUAUAAAUAGGUGUUGAUGUGAUGUUUUGAAUGUAAAAUUGAUUUUUAGUAUAAUAUAAAAAAUGAAAAAUAGGUGUUUGAUUUGAUGUUUUUUGGGAGGAAAAAAUGAGAUGAAUAGUAGAAAUCUUUACAAAUCCUUCAAACAAACACACCCUAAGUAUAAAUUGCUUUGAAGACAUUUGUUUUUUUUUGCUUCAUUUCAAUGAUUUAAAAGUAGUUACCAAUAAAUGAGAAAGUAAAUAUCAUUAUAUUAACGAAUGAAUGAAUAUUAAGGGCAAAAGCUCUCCCACAUAUAAAUAAAUAUUUAUAUAUAUAUAUAAAGUAGGAACAUUAACUGCCUACCGUUCUCUAUGCAUAUUUGGAAACUCGCCUUUGGAUUUUUUCAGCAAAAUUAGUUCUGUAAUGCGAAAGAUUUUCGGACUGCAAAACCCUUAUUGGCAGCACUUGUAGAUCGGUUUUGGAUAUUGGGUUGCGAUUCUCGAAGCUGCAGUAAAAAAAUGAGGCAAUUCGACGAACACAUGGCGGGCGAGUUUCACCAUCAGGGUAUGGUGUUCGAAACCGCGGGAGCAAGAAGCAGUAGCUGCAGUACUAGUGGCUCCGGCGGGUGUCCAUUGAUUCCGAUGACAAGCUUUUACGGGAAUCCUGGAGGCGGCAGCCUGAAUUUGGGGGGAAGUGAUGGGGGAUUGAUUUUUUCGCCGGGCGUUGCGCAGAAUUCUCUGGAUUCCUGUUCGACGCUUCUGGUGGAUUCCGUUCCAGGGUUGAAGCACGACACUGGCCUCGCCGUCGAGUGGUCCGUCGAUGAACAGUUUAAGUUGGAGGAAGGACUUGCCAAAUAUGCCAAUGAACCUGCAAUUAUGCAGUAUAUCAAGAUAGCUGCAUCCUUGCGUGACAAAACUGUUCGAGAUGUUGCCCUGCGAUGUAGUUGGAUGGCAGGAAAAAGGAGGAAACAAGGGGAUCAGAGCUUGGGCAAGAAAUCGAAGAAUCAGAAGGAAUUGGCUGAGUCAUCUUUGAAGAUUUCUUCCUCCUCACCUGUUGAUAUGGUUCCGUAUUCUUUCCCCACAAACCAUAGCCAUCAGAGUGGCUGUAUGCUUCAAGAAGUAUUUAGCGGCACAACUAGACAUCUCUUGGAAGAGAAUAAUCAAGCUUUUGGUCAGAUUUCUGCCAAUCUUUUGGCGCUUAAGUUGCAAGAAAACCUCGAUCUCUUUUUCCUAACUAGGAAAAACAUCGUAAAAAUUCUGAACGAGAUAAACAACAUGCCCGGAAUUAUGAGCCGUAUGCCUCCUCUCCCCGUCUUCCUAAAUGACGAUCUUGCUAGCAGCAUUUUUCUACACUUGUCUAAGUGACAAUGGCUCUGUUAAUCUUCGUUAGCUUUUCCAGCCGGCGCCAAUCAAGUAGCCCUGAAACCUGCGCCAGGAUGCUGAUCGACGAUUUAUUUAUCAUUUUUGUGCCUGGUGUGAGUAGCUAAAGCCUAUUCUUCUGUAAAUUUGCAAGAAUCCGGUCUGUCUUCGCUCCCCCGCCUUCCAGAUUCGAUGUUUCCGGCCAUCACAUCGCUCGUAACUUUCCGGCGACCUGUGGAGCUUUACAGACUGUGAAUGUUAUAGGAAAUUAUAUGUAAUGUUUAUCUCUGUCUCAGUGUGAAUGAAUGAUCAGAAACAGAAUCUAACAGGCUGUGUUUUGCUGCUGCUGCUGCUGCUUUUAUGUGAUGCAUUCAUUCAUAAACCAAAUUUCUGUGCUUCUGUAAAAAGCGCGUUUCCGGGAAACACGACUUUGCAUUUUUAAAUUCAUUUUGAAAAGUAUUAUUGUAUGUGUAAACGACGCUUUUGUUUGUAGGAUGUGAGUCAAAAAAUUGAAACUCGUUACGUUUAAAUCUUUUUAAUGAAUUAAAAAUAAGUGUAUUUUUU